AGCAAAUUCAUUAAUCAAGCCAUACGGCAUCUACAGAUAAUUGCGAAUAGAGAAUAGAACAUAUGGCAAGUACAGAUUUCCACCAAAAUACAGAGAAACAGAGACACAAUACAAAAAAAGAUUAAGAGACGAAAUUAAUGUCUAGCGCCUAUGCAAGAGCCAAACGCUCACUUCUUCACACCACAAGAGUCCGGACAAAACAAAAACGAAACACAAAAUCAAAACCCUAACCUGCCGAAACACUCAAAACAACCACCGCAUCACCGCUGCUACAACCACCACACCAACCACAGGAAUCACGACAGCCCCUACUGCCGCCAUGCCCAAUCCCAACACACCAUAUCCACUCACAGCAUCGCCACCAACAACCCAGCAAAAUCGCACCAUCCACCACCCGAAACGGCUAAAGCGCCGCUAAGCAAGAGACCGGCUAUCUCUAACAAGGUAGAAAGGCGGUCCACAACGGGAUCCAGAAAGCCGGCGGAACAAGAUACACCCAGCAGAAUAUCCGGCGGGAUCUCACCGGAGGGGGGAGGGGGUGGAAACGAGGAAGGUGGUGGGAAGGGGAAGAAGGAGGGGGGAACAACAGCCCACAGAGGAGAGGAGCGGCGGCAAGGGAAGGGGAGAAGAAAAAGGAAGACAAAAAGAGGCGCCCGGGGGAGGAGGCGGCGCCUCCCCCCAAGCAAGCAAACAACGGCGGCUAGGGUUUCUUUAGUAAAAGUUUAGAGAGAGAAAGAAGAGAGA